AUGGUCAUCCUGGCCCGACGAAGUUCCAACUCGAGCUCGACCUCAAACCGCACCUUUGACUGGACCCGCAAAGAUGCUCGAACGAACGACUUCCAGCGAUAUACGAGAGAGAAUGUCGACUGGAGCAAGUCACCGCUCGGUCCCAUGGCCAUGUGGCCUGCUACUUUGCGACAGCUAGUCCUACUCUCUACUGCUGAUACCUCGCCAUCCGCUGUUGUUCACGGCCUUGCCAACGACGCUGUGAUCGUGUACAAUGAAGCCUUCGCGACCCUGAUUGGCAACAGGAGCCCUGCGCUGCAAGGCCAAGCAGUGCAAGGGCAACUGGUAGACCUGUGCCCAGACUUCGAGGCUAUCCUUCACAGACAGGAAAGCAAUGGGCGCGCGGAAUUGGUCAGGCAUCAGCGAGUAAGGCAAGAUCGCCUAGGAUUUGUUCAAGAGAAGGAAUUCACUUGGAAGUUCGUACCGGUUGUUGGCGACGACGGGCAGAUAUCUGGUAGCGUAGUCACGGUUGAGGAAGAGAAUAAGAUGCCUCCACGUAGAGAGAGAAGCAAGUCUGCAGCUCGAGAGAUCGGCAAUGCAGUGAAAAGCGCGAUUGAACACACUUCUUUACAGACCAUGAAGAACGUCCGGCGGCUGGACGAGCAUUUCUCGGGGCGGAGCUGUAAUUGCGAGAAACUCUGGCAAAUCCACCAGCAGAUGGAGAUCAUUGAGGCUAGGUACGAGAAGUUCGCUGACUAUUCUCCCGUUGGAAUCGCUGCCUUGAACGAUUCGUACGAGGUAGAAUGGGCGAAUAGAUCGUACUACGAUGUUACUGGAUCACCCCAGGAAUCGAAGACGCUUCUGGACUUUAUCCACCCAGACGACGUUGAGGUGGCACGGCAACAAUUCGAUCUCGGAGCCUACCAUGAGAACUCUUUCACAUUCGAAUGUCGCUUGAAGAAAUGGGCCGGUCGACCAGCGGUUAGCCCCCUGGAGACCGUACCAGAGCUUUACCCAUGUUGGGUAUUGGUCAGCGGAUAUCGAGAAAAUGAUCAUGAGCACAACACGAUGCUAUGGAUGAUCGACAUCACAGCCCAUAAGACCGCCGAAGAUUUGCUACGGCGCCGUAUGGACGAAGCAGUGGAAGAAAAGCAACAGAAAGAACGGUUCGUCGACACCAUUUCGCAUGAGAUCAGAAAUCCACUCAGUGCUAUGAUACAUUGUACAGACGAGAUCAUCGAGAACGUACGACAGACGACGACAGAAAAGUCACAUACAGUGUUGGAAGCCGCAGAAACAAUAUCCUACUGCACCCAGCACAUUCGAAACAUCGUUGGAGAUGUUCUCACUCUGUCCAAAUUGGAUUCGCGUCUCGUGGAGAUAAGUCCAGCGCCGUCAAAUCCGCGCGAAGUCAUACAAAACGCUUUGAGGAUAUUCCAAGCCGAACUCCGCGCCAGUGGCAUAACGCUAACCUUCCAGGAGGACACAUCGCUAUCGCAGCUGGAAGUCGAAUGGCUCUUGCUCGACUCUCAUCGUAUGCUACAGGUCUUGAUCAACCUUGUAACCAAUGCAAUCAAGGCCGUUAAGGAUAGACCGGAGCCUAGAGUCACAGUCAAGCUGAGCGCAACGGCCAAAGCUCCGUGUGAGGCUACGGAGCUUAUCCAGUGCGUUAAGCCCCGGCAACAUCCAAGGGCCGUCCACUUUGGCGAUCGAUAUAUUAAUGAGCCUUCUCUUUACCUAGCCAUCACGGUUCAAGACAACGGGCCAGGCCUCACCAACGCUGAAAUGACGAGCUUGUUCGAACGCUUUGCACAGGCGAAUCCCAAGACCGAGAGCAAGUACUCCAGUGGUCUUGGCCUGUUCAUAUCCAGGGACUUGACUGAACUCCAGGGCGGUCGGAUCGGCGUCUCAUCACAGCCAGGCGUAGGAUCUAUGUUCGUCUUCACGGUGGAGACGAAACGAGUAGCAGCGCCGAAAGUGCUGCCAAAGAUGCCAUCUUUGGAGCUCCCUACAGACCUGCGUCAAUCGACUGGAUCACCGGUAUACUCCGUUAUACCCAAGACAAUACCGCGGAAACCCAUUGUGCAGCGAAUCCAGCAGGAGCGACCGAGAGUGAAGAGAGUUCUUAUCGUGGAAGAUAAUCUCAUCAACCAGAGAGUCCUGGCCAAUCAACUACGCAAGCGUGGCUACGAAGUGAGCGUUGCGAAUCAUGGGGGGGAAGCUUUGGAGGCACUACACAUGACCGAUUCCUCGCCAAACUCACCAAAUGGUGGUACCCCUCUGGUCACUGACACUUUCGACAUUAUCCUCAUGGACAUCGAAAUGCCUGUAAUGGACGGAGUGAAAUGCACCAAGAAAAUCAGAGCCUUCGAACAAGAUUGCAACGGCGCUUCACGGCUGAAAAUCGUUGCCGUCACAGCGAACGCUCGCAGCGAACAUGGAACAGCUGCGCUUGAGGCUGGUAUGAAUGCUAUUACUACGAAGCCCUACAAGAUUGCGGACUUGGUUGAGCAAAUCGAGGAAGUCUGCAGGCCUGGGGGAUGA